AACAUGUAACUUAUAUAAAGAUUAUUUAUAAAUUUACACCAAUCAAGCGAAGCAUAGUUUUGAAAGAGGGGAUCAUUAAAGAUCGUUAAUCGUAUGGGAAUUGAGAAGUUACGAAUACGAAGUAUUCUCUAAGUGGAUCGAAGACAGAAAACAUGAAAGAAUAUAAGUGUGGAAAACUCAUAAUUGAAGGAAAAACCAAAAAGGUUUAUGAAGUUCUAAAUGAUUCUACUUUAUGUCUCUUACAAAGUAAGGAUCGUAUUACUGCUGGAGAUGGUGAAAAAUCUCAUGAUUUAAAAGGGAAAGCUGCAAUUAGUACAGCUACUACAGCUAAAGUUUUUCAAUUGUUAAAUGAAGCUGGAAUAAAAACUGCAUUUAUCGAAGUGGUAAAUGACACUGCUUUCAUUGCACAAAAAUGUGAAAUGGUCCCAAUAGAAUGGGUCACUAGAAGAUUAGCUACAGGCAGUUUUUUAAAAAGGCAUCAAGGAGUUCCCGAAGGAUAUAGAUUUAAUCCACCAUUACAAGAAACAUUCUUUAAAGAUGAUGCCAAUCAUGAUCCACAAUGGUCAGAGGAACAAAUUAUUUCUAUUGGUUUUAAGUUGAAUGAACUUAUAAUAGGGAAAGAUGAAUUUGAUAUUAUGCAACGUACUGCACUUGUUGUAUUUGAGGUUUUAGAAAGGGCAUGGGCAACUAGAGAUUGUGCUCUUAUUGAUAUGAAAAUAGAAUUUGGAGUGAACAUAAAUGGUGAAAUUAUGGUAGCAGAUAUAAUUGACAGUGACUCUUGGAGACUUUGGCCAUCUGGUGAUAAAAGAUUGAUGAAAGAUAAACAGGUAUAUAGAAAUUUGAAUACUGUAACUCAAGAAGAUUUGGAUACUGUAAAACGUAAUUUUAAAUGGGUAGCAGAUCAACUUGACUUUCUCAUUCCACCAGCUAGGAGUCUUGUUGUUAUUCUAAUGGGAUCACCUUCUGAUGAAGAUCAUUGUAAAAAAAUAGCAGAACAUGCAAAGUCUUUAGGUUUAAAGGUUCAACUUCGUGUAUGCAGUGCCCAUAAAGGUACUCAAGAAACAUUGCGUAUUCUUGCAGAAUACGAAGGUACUUAUGAAAAGGUGGUGUUAAUAGCUGUAGCAGGGAGAAGUAAUGGAUUGGGUCCAGUACUCUCUGGAAACACAGCUCUGCCUGUUAUUAAUUGCCCACCUUUCAAUAAUAUUAAUAUUUCACAAGAUUUGUGGUCGUCUAUUAAUGUUCCAUCAGGGAUUGGAUGCACCACAGUUGCUUAUCCUGAAAGUGCAGCAUUAUCGGCCGCUCAAAUUCAUGCAUUACAUGACCAUCUGGUUUGGGCACGUCUACGAGUAAAGCAGUUGAUAAAUUACAUUACUUUAAAGCAAGCUGAUGUUAAACUAAAAAAUCUUGUUAUAUAAUAUAUUGUGUCAAAAUUUAAUAUUACGAUUUCACAACUUAAUUUUACACAUUACAUUGUAAACAACUAAUUAAGCAAUUGUUUGUACAAGUUUAUACAAAUGAACGUAAGAUAAAUACCUUAAAGCUCUUAAUUUCAUUUGAUGUAAACUUUCUAUGAUAUUUAUGUUACUAUAAAUAUAUAUAUAUAUAUUUGUGGUAUUUGGGCUAUCAUUUAUAUUUGAGUAAUCAGUUCGUGAAUGAAUUUAAUUUUACAUAAAUGUUUGUACUAGCCCUUUUUGUGUAUACCGUGUUAUUGUUUUUCUUAGUUAUCCUUUAUUGGUUGCAAGUAUAUAAUAUUCAUUUAUUCACAUAUAAACAAAUUUACGAAUAAAAUAAAAAUAUGCAUAAUUUUGUAUGCAGUCAUCUUUUAUGUAUUACAUACUUAAUCUGAAACAAAAAACUUGAAUGAUUACUUUGUAUCAAACAUGUCAAUAAAAUUAUAUUAAAUCA